AUGAUGAGCGGAAAUCCACUUCCCGAAGCGACGAGUUCACACGAUGCAUCUCUAGGAGUUGCAGAACCACCACCGCCACCACCGCAACCACCGCAACCACCAUCAUUGCCACCAGCAGCACCACUAGCACCACAACCAAGAAUAAUACCAUCGAUUGGCAUCCAUAACGAUCUGGCUAAUUUGAGCAGUCUCACGAUUUUCCAGCAAGCAACAAAUUACAUGCACUGGAAAUGUGGCGUUUUUCAUGCGCACACUGCAAGAUGGCGUUCCAGGAUGAGCCGCUUUACCAUAUCCAUAUGGGCUAUCAUGGCUAUGAAAAUCCGUUCAAAUGUAACCGUUGCGGCCAAGCGUGUUCCGAUUUUCUGA